UUACUGUUUGCUCCUUUUUUACUCGGGCUCAUCGUGAAUGUGCUCUCUUUUUCUUCUUUUCUAAGAACUAUUGUACUCGUUUUUUUUUUUUUACGUACAGACAGUGUCGAAACAGCUGGUGGUGGUGGGUGGUCGUCGUGCGGUGUUUCAAGCAGAGAACGAGUGUUUUAUUAACUCGCGUGUCUGACGUGCAUGUUAUAAGUGUGUGUUUUUUGUUUAAGUGUGGGUUGCAAGUGGCUGGUUUUUUUUCUAGAAGCUAUAUACAUAUAGUUAUGUUGUUUUGAUCAGGGAGCAGUGGCAGUGCACACUUGCACAGUGAAGAAAAAAAAAGCUCUCCGUGUGUCUCUGUGUGUCGCUGAUUGACUGGAAUCGAUGGGAAUCCCUCGACAUCUAGGACAUACCGAUGGAUCCAGAAAACAUCGGCAAAGAGGCAGUGCUACGCGUCUCAAACUGGCUCCGCGGUAUCUGGGACAUGCGACGUCGAGGAGGCGCCGCCAGUCCGGUCCAACAAUGGGUUGAUUCCCUUCCAUCACCGAUAAAACACCGAUCAAGCGACGAUUGCAAUCUUCCGACGACUCCUCGCCCAAUAGCCAAACAACAGAGCCUCUCCACCGAGACCAGAGCCAAAGACGAGGACUCGCGGUCCUUUGACUCCGGCGACAACAAGGAGAACCAUUUCACGGACAUGACCGUCUCGACACCGAUCGCCGUGCCUUCCUCAUCACCAGCCGUCAGUUGUCCCAGCGCGACGAGCAUGUCUCUCCGUAGGUCACUGGCGCGGGACCCGAGUUUCCAGUCGGACAGCAGCCACUGCAGCAGCGUCGAGAGCCUGCUGGAAUCGAGACGAGCCGAUCCCGAGGCUAUCCUGAUGAGCCUAGGCUUCGGCGGCUACUCCAACACUCCCCAGGACGGCGGGCCGCUCGCGCGGAUACCCAAGCGCUUUUUGCAGCCGUCCAAGCUCGAUGGCAUCGUCAUCGACGAUUUCGUGCGCCACCAGCAGGAGACCAACGAGAGCCUCGACUCGACGUCCCUCGGGUAUCGCGGACUGACAGGUUCACCUUACGUAGCGCCUUCGGAGAUUGUGCAAAAAAUCAUGCAGCGGCUGCGAGAACACGAAAGCCACGAGAUCGAUGCCUACCUCCAGCAGAAUAGCAGCGGCUGUGGAUCUUCGGAUCAGUCGUAUCUGCUUCCUCAGCAACAGGACUACAGCAAGCUGUCUGUCUUGUCACCCGAUAACCGGCAGUUCCUCGACAGGCCAAGAUCAACCAGUCCUGAUAUGCGUAACAAGCGUAUGAUUAUAGGCCAGAGGUCGUUUGCCUUUGGACGCGACGGCGACCUAAUCGACUUAUCCUCGGAGGAGAAGUACACAGAAGCAGAGAACACGAUGGAAACCACGGGACCAAUCACGACGACUGAGCACAAAUGUCUGAGUGACUUCAAAAAUAACGGGGACUCCACCGAGACGGUCGUUCCAAUGAAAGUCAAUGGAAACACCAACAACAAUGACGACGUUCACACAUCGCACGAGCCCUCCAUCGGCGGAGGUCACCAUUGCAGGGAAGAUGAGGUAUCCAGGCGAGUGAGCGAGGGUUCGAACGAUGACUCAUUGAUGUCGUCUUUUUGGGAACAAGAGGGUAGGCGGCACAGUGAUGGUGUCUUGCAGUACAGGAGGUGCAGCAGCACUGAAUCCUCUACAUCGAGAAAAAGAAGCCUAAAACGUCAGGCCAAAAUACGGGAAACGCCGGGUGAUGAUGGGAUUGUGCCUCUGGAAGAGGAAAGCGAAGAUAGAAGGAGAGAAAAAUCGAGGCACAGCCCAUGCUCUCACUGUGGUAAGCUUGAAAUCCAAGACUUGGAGGACGAGAGCUCUGACUGUCAUAGAAGGACGAUUGACAAGAGUUGUUGGCGCGAGAUGGAGAAGGUCAAGGAAAAGAACAAACAGCUCGAGGACACGGUGGCCAAAAGUCGUAAAGAGAUAUCCGAGAUCCGGGACAUGCUCAGCACGGUAUUGUCUGUCAGGAUGGAACCCGGAUUUUGAGUCUCUUUUUUUUGUUCUAUCGUCCGUGUAUUCCCUUCCUCUAGUGCCAACUUUCAAUACAAAAACUCGUGAUUAUUCCUCAAUGGCCUUUCGAAGUGUAUAAUGAAUUAUUGAGUACAUAUGUAUGGUUGAAAAUGUGCAUGAGGCUUUUUGUUACCUAGACGUGCAUUGGUUACUUGAGAGUAACAAUUUUACGUUUUCGGAUGAAACAUGCGAACAUAAAAAAAAAAGGACCAAAAUUAGAAGUUAAAGGUGUCUCCCCUUUAAAACACGAGAAAGUAUUAGAAUAGUUUAUGAUUGUUAGAUUAGAGAUUUCACUCUAAAUUUUGAUUGGAUAUUUUUUAUAUAUAUUAAACAUGUUUCUGAGAAACAUGGUUAUAUUUUAUAUUGUUGCUCUUGCGAUAAAGAGAAUAAAGAUAUCAUAGAUGUCACCUUUCAUAAAAAAAUUUUUUUUAGACUAAACAUUUUUGUAAGAUGAUCUGAAGUUAGCCUAUACCUACACUACACGUUAAUACGUAGUUAACUAAUUUAAUAAAAUUGUAUUGUACAAUCAACUUCAGCAAUUUUAUCCAUAUUUUCUUUAAAGCUUAAAGCUAGCACAUUCAAUUUUCAAAUUUUUGUCAAAGCUUUAAAUAAUAGCCUCAAAUACUACACACUAAGUGAAUGUUUGAUAGUUUUAUCCUAUUGCGAAUAUUUUCUUACCAAAAUUCGUUAACUAAAGAAGUUUAAUUUCACUUCAAAAUAUUUUUUUGAUUCUUACAGUACAUAAUAGCAUAAUUUCAAUUAGUUGCUGUGUACCUAUCUUUUGUAUCAAAGAUGAUGUGUGAUUACUACUUGUGUAUCACAGGGUAAAUUUUUGAAACUACUCUCUUGAUAAAUUAGUGGGAAUAAGAAUCACGGAAAUAUGCUAUAUUUUAGAAAAAAUAAUGUAAUGCAUAUUUGUAAAACCUCUCACGUGGACCACAAAUAAAAUAAAUCACAAUAUGAACUUUAGAUUGCUUUUGAACUCACCUGUAAUAUAAUAUACGGAACUUCUAUAAUUCCUGUAAUUGUAUGUCGUCUCACAAUCGAAACAAUAAUUACCAUGUAAAUAAAAAAAAAAAAAAAAAUUGAGAAUGUAAUUCACGUUUAAUAAAAUGUGUAAUUAAUAA